CCUGCAUCCUUUUCUCCAUCCACACGUCGAGGAGCUUGAAAGCUCGAAUGAAGAUGCUCAGCGUCUCGGCUCGCAGCCUUGUCACCGGGUAAAACAAAAAAACAAAAAAACGACCCAUCAGCGAGGACACACGCAGAAGAGCCGUGUGGUUUUAAGAGAAAGACAACGACAUGGAACUGAAGAAAUCCUUUUCGGACACCGAGCGCGCGCUCAGGAGCUACGGCGCCGUGUCGGAAACGGCGUGGACAACGGACAAAGGUCACUCCGAUGUGUCCAUGGCAGAGAGCACCAUGGCCCCGGAGGAGAUCGAGGUGGAGAUGACGCGCAUCCAGCGCCUGCGCGAGGUUCUGGUGCGCAGAGAGUCCGAGCUGCGCUUCAUGAUGGACGACAUUCAGCUCUGCAAAGACAUCAUGAGUUUAAAGCAGGAGCUGAGACAGAUUGUCACAGUCCCAGAAAAAGAAAAAAACAAGAAGCACAAGCAGCGGGAAGAAGAGCUGAUCCUGAAGAUUCAUAAACUGGUGCAGGAAAGGGACUUCCUGGUCGACGACGCAGAGGUGGAGAGACUAAGAGAGCAAGAGGAGGACAAGGAGAUGGCCGAGUACCUCAGACUGAAGCUCGUGCCUCUGGAGAAGAAGCUCAAAUCCUCGCAGAAUCCUCCAAAGCCUAAGAGACAAAUCCCGGAGCCGCCUCCCAACAAGCCCUCCAUCACCAAGUCGGGGGCGGCCAUCAUCAAGGAUUGCUGCGGCGCCACGCAGUGUGCCGUCAUGUAGCUGAGCCGGACCGCUCCACGGCCUCGGACGGACGGACGGACGGACACACCUUCCUGUGGAUCAGUGAACCUGUUAACUGGGGGGGGUUCUCCCCCCACCCCUCAAAACUGCUCAGGAGUCUGGUUUCGUAGUAGAAUCGCAGAUACGUUUUCAGCCACAAGGCUGCAGCUCAGAGUUCUGGAGCUGAUGUACGACGAGGAGCUUCUUUAAGUGAAGACACUUCACCGCGUACAUAACGUGACGGGAACUGAAAAUAAAAAGUUCUUAAAUUAGAAGCUGAUUUGGUCAUGAUUCAACAUUCCUUUAAAAUGAUUUGGUGAGGCAAAUACUAACAGAAGCAUUUUACAGAACUACAAGCACAAUGUUCAAAGUAUAAAUGCUGAGGUUCUCUGACAGACAGGAAAAAGAAGAAGUCAUCAAUGAGUCAUGUUCGAAGACGGGUAAUUCUUCCAUUUCAUCUUUUAUCAGCCAGUGAACUUUCACUUUCAAGAGUCUACAACUAAUGUUUGAUCACAUGCCACUCAGAUAAACAAUAUGGCUACCAAUUCAAUGAUUGGCGUGAAAAUGUUACAAGAAUGCCAGCGUGCGCUUUUUUUCUUUUUUUCCCCCUUUUUUUCCCCAGAGCCGAGCAAUAUUUUUAACCUGCUGCAACAAAGUCUGAUCACAUGAGACAUGUCGCUGUGUGUGUGCAUCUUUCUCUUUAAAGCCCAUCACUUCAUGUCACGCCACCUCAAGACGAGACUUUGCAGUUCCCAGUCAUUCACAACCCUUUCAUCAUCUUUGUCAACUUCUGUACAUGCAAAAACAUACGUAGUCACCAUGGUGACAUUUCAUGCCACAAACAUGGACCAAACUUCCAGUCAUCCCAUCGCUGCUCGCUUCAUCUCAGCCAUCUGCAAAUAGGAGUUAUUGACAGUCGUAGUAUGACAAUGAAUAUUGCAUCCUCUGAACUUAGUCUUGCAUUUAUAUGAUAACCAGGAAAUUAAUGCAAAUCUUGUAAAUGCCUACGAUAGAUUGUGUAUGUUUGAGUGUAUUUAGGAUAUUAGUGACAUGUUCCAUGAAAAGUGUUGCUCUUUGUCACUUUACUACCUUCCUUCUUACCUUUAACUUAUUCUGUAGUAGUGAAUUUAUGAAAGCCCUUAUGUUAAACAUUGAACAAAUAUGCAGAAAAUAAGCUGAACGUACUUGUACAUACAUAUUUAAAUAAAGGAACUUUGAGGAA